CACACAUACACACACAUACACACGCACACAGGGUCACACUCAGACACACACAAAUUGACUUGAACUCAAUGUUGUGUCGAGUUACCUACUGCUAGCCCUCAUGCUAACUAGCUAGCACAUUCGCUCCCUGGUAGCAUGGCGGGUUUCGAAGUCUCGUGCAGAAAUGAAGGAUAAUUAUUAUGAGCAGUAACUAAAAGUAACGCAGCCACAGUAAAUAAAUACAAAAUGUAACGCGCGGGUUUUAUUGAUUGACACACACUUAGCAUGUGGCUAGCUGCUCGCUACCCCCCCACGUUGCAGCUUCGAUAAGGGUGCGUUCACGUGGUGUUGGGAGAAAUCGGAAAGAGAGCGAACGCCACCUGAAGUUGGAGCGACACGCAACAAAAAAAUAUUAUUUUAUUUUACCUCGUUCAUUUUGUUCAUUAAAUUUGCUUAUGAAUAUCUUAAAAUGAAAUAACUUCAUUGAAGAUGGGGCUUUUUUCAUCUUCUUACCCUGUUGUCCGACAGCGCGUGAACGCAGCACGGGAUCGAGUUUUUGUACGUAUCCGUGCGUGUGACGUCACUCCCCUUAGUAACCCUCGGCGGCGUCUCCAGGAGAGAAGCAACAAGAUGGGAUUGCUGUCCAUCCUGCGGAAGCUAAAGAGCACACCGGACCAGGAGGUGAGGAUACUGCUGCUGGGGCUGGACAACGGAGGGAAGACUACCCUGCUCAAACAGCUGGCGUCCGAGGACAUCAGCCACAUCACCCCCACACAGGGAUUCAACAUCAAGAGCGUCCAGUCUCAGGGUUUUAAACUGAAUGUCUGGGACAUUGGAGGCCAGAGGAAGAUCAGGCCCUACUGGAGAAACUACUUUGAAAACACUGAUGUGUUGAUCUAUGUCAUCGACAGCGCAGACAGGAAGAGGUUCGAGGAAACCGGGCAGGAGCUGGCUGAGUUGCUGGAUGAAGAGAAGUUGAGCGGCGUUCCUGUUCUCAUCUUCGCAAACAAACAGGAUCUGCUGACUGCCGCCCCGGCCUCCGAGAUCGCAGAGGGUCUCAACCUGCACACCAUCCGCGACCGCAUGUGGCAGAUCCAGUCCUGCUCCGCCCUCACCGGGGAGGGGGUUCAAGAGGGGAUGAACUGGGUCUGCAAGAGCGUCAACUCCAAGAAAAAGUAGCUUCUAGUCUUCUGCUCCUCAGGAGGAAACGACAGCAGCAGCACACACAGACACACACACACACACACACACACACCCUCCUGAGCCUUAGUACGAUGGGAUAUACCUGUGAAUGUAAACACACUACUAAUCCAACAUGGACUUGGAGUAUUACCCCCUGCAUUCCUCUACCACUGUUUUGACCAAUCCCAACACAUCAUGCUAUAUCGGUCUCUAGAAAGAGGAGAUGGUGGUGGUGGUGGUGGUGGGGCUGCCGGAGCGGCCAUGCCAGGAAAUCCACUCCCUCUGCUCCUCCGCAGUCCACCUACGUCACCACCAGUGUCCCAGCCAAUCCCAGUCACCGCCUGCAGCCCGUCACAACCUCAAACAUUCCCGUUAAAACCGCUUUCAUUGGAAUUCCAGCUUCUUCUCUUAACUGUUUCGCCCGCUGUCCUGGAAACCAGCUCAGCCCCCCCCACACACCUCCAUCCUCCAAUCCCCAGCUCCAUCUCUUUCUCUGUCUCAUUCCGUCAGUUUUCUUUUCUUUUUAUCAUUCCACAUCGGCUGUAAGCGCGUUUCCUGCCCUGUUUGAAGUGAGGUAUAUUUUUGUAACUGUUUUAUUUAUGGUGAAGUAGCCGUAGAGUGCUUUGAAAACAACAACCAGUGUGUGUGUGUGAUUUUAAGGAAGUUUGAGAAAACAGUUUCAACUCUCCCCGAUAAAGAAUAUUACUGUACAUGUUAAUAUGUAUAAAAAAAAAGAUUAUGAGGAACUACAUUUUUUUGGGGAUCAAAUGUAAAUAGCUCAGCCCUGUGUUCAUGUGUUAGUUCAUGCACAUGUUAUAGAGGAUUCGUUACCCUGCUGUACUUGGUAAUCUAUAAUGUUUGCGUAUCUAAUAUGUGCUGGUAGAUUUUUAACAGAGGUAUGUACUGUAUGUCCCGAUGCAUUUCCACGUGCGCUCCGGGCUCAUGAGGGAAUUCACUCGUUGGGCGUCUCCUUUUGAUAUUCUUGAAUGUAAUCUGUCCAGAAUUGAAGGUACUGUAGGUGAAUUAAAAACGUGUCUCAGAAAUCA